AUGGUGUUCGACCUACUGCUUCUCCCCUUCGUUGACAAAGCCAUCUCGGGCGUGAAAGAUGUUGAGCUUGUUGACAUAUUGAAUGUCGCCUUUUUAGAAUUCGGUAUUGACGCAAAACUUCCCCCCGAUGAAGUGCAAGGUGUCCAGGGCCUCAGCUUGUACCUCUGUGAUGGGUGGAAUAUCCGCACUACGAGGAAGCGCGCCGAACCCUACGAAGUAUCGUCGCCCGUAUUGGAGAGAGACUCUUUGGGGAGCAGUGUCACGAGAGUAUGA